GCAAUCCAGGCCUUGCGUCAGGCUCUCCCGCAAGACCAAGUCAUUGAGCAAGGCACGGAUGAAUUUCACAAACUGAAUGCAUCCUACCUUUCCGCCCUCCAGAGUGAUAUCACUCCGGCCUGCAUUGUUCGACCAUCCAGCAAAGAACAGAUUGUCGCCUUUCUGCGGACAAUCCGUCCAUUCAUUGACCGCGGCGAGGCGGCAUUCGCUAUACGCGGAGCAGGACAACAGCCUGCCCCGGGCUGCUCUAACAUCCAGGAUGGAAUAACCCUGGACCUGGGCCUCUUGACCGGAAUCGAAAUUAAAGACGGCAGUGUAUCCAUCGCAGCUGGCGAACGCUGGGGAGCUGUCUAUGAAAAUCUGGAUGCCGCCGGGCUCGGUGUCACGGGCGCGCGCUCGUCUCGGGGCGGCAUUGGAGGAUUGGCGCUUCAGGGUGGUCUCUCAUUCUUCUCCUCUCGAGAAGGUUUCAUCUGCGACAAUGUCCUCAACUACGAGAUCGUCCUUGCCUCCGGAGAAGUCGUACAAGCCAACGCCCAUGAGAACUCCGACCUGUGGAUCGCUCUUCGCGGGGGCGCCAAUAACUUCGGCGUCAUUACUCGCUAUGAUAUGCGGACGUUCCUGCAGGGUCCGUUCUGGGGUGGCAGCGUGUAUUACUUCGCAUCUAGCUUUCCGGACCAGAUUGACGCGCUGGUCAGCGAGGUGCAGAAGCCAGAUGCUACAAAAGAGACACAUUUGAUGAUCAGCAUCGGCUACCACUUCGGCGAAACUAUGUGUCAGAAUCAAGUCUAUUAUACUCAGAGCGCUGAGAAGCCUGCCGUCCUAGAGCCGUUCACAGCGAUACAGCCGCAGGUUGAUCAGUUGAACUCCAUGCGCCUGCAGACGCUGAAGGAGGCUGCUUCGGAGCAGGCUUCUGUUGCUAUGGAUCAGUUGAGAUGCGCAUACAUGAACAUCACGGUGAAAGCAGACGUUCCGACACUCCAAGCUGCCAGCGACAUCUACACUGCUGCACUCGAGCCCAUCAAGCCUCUCGAGGGGCUGAUCUGUUCUCUCACACUCCAGCCCUACCCAGUGUCCUUGCUGAAGAAGUCCGCGGCGCGUGGCGGCAACUCGCUUGGUUUGGAUGCGGCAAAUGGCCCGGUGGUGUCCGUUCUUCUUCUGACUUACUGGAAGAAUCGCAGUGACGAUAAGAAGAUCCUGGAUACCAUGCGAGUGGCUCUAGAGAACAUCGAGAAGGAUGCAGAGUCCCGCGGUCAGAGUGUUCCGUUCCGCUUUAUGAACUAUGCCUUUCCGUUCCAGGACCCUGUUGCUUCGUAUGGGGCCGAGAAUAAACAGAGACUGCAGGAUGUGAGUCGGAAGUAUGAUCCAGAAGGCGUGUUUCAGAAGGGCGUUCCGGGUGGUUUUAAAUUGUUUACUUGA